UACGGUAGUGGGCGGGAUUCACCGCGGAUGCGGAAGUGCAAGCCGCGAUGUUUUGAAAGUUGCGAAAGUUUUUGAGUCGUAAUAAUAAUAAAAUGGCUCUUUCUGGUUAGGGCAUUCGUUUUAGGCAGCUGUUAGGGAAUUAUAGGAUUUUAUAAAGAUUGACUUUGUUGUCAGGGCAGCGUUUUCGAGACGUUGUUGACUGGAAGCGAAGAUGCGGCUGGGUUUUCGGGCUCCGGACGCGUUUUCAGGGGAUGAAGAUGACACUGAUGGUGCUACCCGUCAAGUCCAAUCGAAUCCGACUGCAAAUGAAAGCAGACUGACCCGCGAAAAGUCUCGGUAUCACCGCUUCAGGUCUCCGGUGCAGAAAUACUGGGGAAGCCAGUGGCCAGCGCGUGUCUGCUCCAUGCUGUGCUGUUUGGUCGUUGCUUCAUUUAUUGCUAUACUCUGUUCCUUCCUGUAUAUUAUUUUAAAAGAGCUUCGAGCAGAGAGACUUACCACUGAAGAUGGAACAGAAGUAAGACUUCUAGGCUUUUGGAGCAUGUUGGUUCUCUCAUCCUUGGUUGGGGUGUUGUGUUGCAGUUUCUCCUGGACUCUGACCUACUUUGACUCAUUCGAACCUGGAAUGUUCCCCCCCACACCACUAUCUCCAGCCAGAUUCAGGCAAAUGACCGGCCACUCCUUUCAUUUGGGCUACAGUAUGGCUAUACUCAAUGGCAUUGUGGCAGGACUCACUUUCUUCUGGUGUCUUAUGUAAGACGUACAUAUCCGUGUCCUUUGCCAUUGCCUACGACGUUGCGUUCACCCCAUCAUCAGGAUCUACCGGAACAUAUGGGUAAUUAAAAAGCAAGAAAAAAAAGAGUGCAAUGCAAAUGUUUUUUGGGGUUUUUUUUGUUACACGUAUAAAAUUGUUAAAGCACAGAUCUAUUACGUAUUUCAAAGCACAUCAUAUCUACAAUAGAUUUUAUUUGCAAACAGCAAGAAAUAGGCAUCCCACUUUGCCAAAACCAUGUUCCUAACAACCUCUGAAAGCACCUGUCACAUACUACUAAGCAAAUCUAGCUUUGUAUAAUAAAGGAACUUAUAUUGAAAUAGGAUUGUUGCAUACACAAAGCAAACGGAUUAAAAAUCCUGCUUAUUCACUGCACAUUUGGAAGAACUGGAAAGUUUCUCUGGAGAGUUUAUUGGGGGAGGGGGCACUUUAGUGCAAAUGAUGCUUCCUUUAUCAUUUAAUUGUCUGCUGGAGCUCUGUGUUCUAAUCCAUUGAUGCAGCAGUAAUGUUUUAUCACACUGUAAUGCCUUAGAGUCCUUUUUUUUUUUUUUUUUUUAAUCAUGGGUGCAGGAUAUGACUUAGCUGUCAGUGCUUUAACUGCUUCAGGUUGAAAUGCAUUUUCUGUAAUCCUGAAAUGCGAACAACAGGUCUAUGACUAUUUAAACAUCCAGUCUAUAAAUGGAUGAAUUACAAAAUAAUGUGCAUAUUGAAAGUAAUGGAAAUUUAACAUCUAAUCAUCUGAACAGAUCUGAUCAAAGCCACAGGCUUGUAAACUGUUGUUACAUAAUAGAAGGAAUUUACAAUAAUUUUUUUUUUAUCUGGUGUGAUCUGAUUCCAAACACCUCGAGCUCCUCUGUUUUACACUGUAAGGCCGACGAAGCUGUUACAACACACUUCCAAACUACCGGCAUUGUCAUCAUGGAUGGGAGCUCAUGUCUGGUCUCCGAUUCGUCCUCGCAUCAGGACGGUAUGCAAAUCAUAGAGGAGCAGGUGUGGGACCAACUCAGCCCUAAUUGUAGUAAAUGUUUUACAUAAAGGUGACAUGUCUUUUUAAGAUGUAUAUAUUGGAACUGGAAUCCUGGUUCUAUGAAGAUUACACAAUAGAACAUUUCCAUCAUAUACUGUAAAGCGUUCUUUUCAUCUGGCUUUUUAUUCUCACUCUUACCACUUCCUUAAAAUUACAGACCAGUUUAUAUCCUUUCCUCUAAUGUGUUGUUAUUAUUAUUUGUCUUAUCUUGUAUUUUUGUUGUUUUGCCCAUUGACCACUUUUUAGGGAAUUUACUCCUCAGGUUAUGCAUCAUUCAUCGAUCUCAUUUAAUUCAUGAAUAAAAGAACAAUAAACACACUGUAUGAAUGUAUGACAUCACAAGUUGCAUGUAAAAUAGCAAAAACAGCAGUCUAACGGAAUUAGUUUUGUACUUAGUUUAUUAGGAGUUCAAUAAUAACUGAAGUGAGUUGUGUAAUCUGUGUCAAGGGAUGGAAUGAUAUCUACAUUUAUGGCUUUGCAUGUCGCAAAACUACGUAUUUUAUUGAUGCACCUGUAUCAGCAUUGAAACAAUUGCUGAUUGUUAAAUUGAAACUACAAAUGCUAAUAAACAAGAUGACAGGUAAAGCUAGGCAUGGCGAACGCUACAAACGUUUAUAUACUUUAUAUGAAAACUAAGUAACGUUAAUACUUCACGUGAACCAAUGACGAGACAGGGGCGGAGACAUCACAAGAACAAAAACAUUCACACGUGGCUGUGAAAACGGAGAAUGUACGCAGAAGUGUUCCGUUCAAGUGGGAUUGUUUUCUGCAAGCUGGCAUUUUGGGAUUUGCAUGAGAGGGGAUACCUCUGCUAACUGGAAUUUAUAUAUAAAUCAUGUUAUUCAAAAAUCAUAAAAAAAAUAUCAUGUUAUUAAAAAAGUUGCAUGCAUCAUUUAAGAAUAUCUGUGUGACGUUUCAGAUUUGAAAUAUUCAAAUUCUUUUGUAUUAAAGACAAAAUUUGGCACUUGUUUUUUUUUUUUUGUUUGUUUUCAGAUUUUUGCCCUGCAGACUUGUAUUUUAAAAUAAUAAUGUGCAAUAUCUAUCUACUGGCAAUCUUUUUUCAAUUUUAUAGCAUAUACAAGCAUGAGAAGAUGUGGGGCGGAUGUUUUUUUGUUUUUUUGUUUUUUUUUUAAAAGGAAAAAACCUGUCCAAACCUGCUUGGCCCUUUGUAAAAUAGUAAUUGCCACUAAACCUAAUAACUAGUGCCACCCGUGUCUGCAACAACUGCAAUCAAUCGUUUGUGAUAACUGGCAAUGAGUCUUUAACAUUGCUGUGGAGGACUGUUUUCAUACAGCCACAUUGCGUGUUUUUUAAGCAUGAAUUAUUAUUUAUUCACAUAGGGUAGGUUUGUACAGCUUUUAAUAAUUACCUUCAUAAAUGAAAUAAUUUCAAAACAAUUGGUAUUUACUCUGGUUCUUUUUGUGUAAUAUUACAAUUUGCUGGAUGAUCUGAAUCAUUUAAGCGUGACAAAAUAGGUUAAAGUUGUUAGUAUAGAAACCACAUAUUAGAUGCUAGAACAAAUUCAUCUUUAUAAACCAAUGAAGUAUUUGCUUUGGAAUGGUGGACAUUCAGUCAAUUCAUUGGCCUGCUUGUUUUCACAAAAGAUGAACAGAAGGAGGCAUCCAUUAUUUUCUCUACUUGGAAUCUUGUGUGAUGGAAUUCCUUCUCAAGAAAGGACAAAACAUAUUGGAGUCAAAAUCUGGACGUUUAUUAAUAAAUAAAAAAGGUCUGCAGAUCAACAGGUUCACGUUUUAAAACUAUUCUAAUGCACUGAAUUCAUCCAACUAUCUUUGUGCACCCAACAUACUUCUUGGCUGCCCCACCAUUAUCCCACAGCCAUCCCUCAUUUUUUGGGUCAGUGGUGUCACAUCUCUAAGGUGUUGGUUUACUGAUCGGAAGAUUGGGGAUUCAGGCCCCGGUAUCACCAAGCUGCCACUCUUGGGCCCUUUAGCAAGGCCCUUAACUCCUUUGUGCUCAAGGGGUAUCAUGGCUGACCCUUCGCUCUGACUCCAGAUUCUAAGCAAGCUGGGAUAUGUGGAAAGAAUUUCACUGUGUUGUAAUGUACAGGUGACAAAUAAAGGUGAUUCUAUUCCAUGUCCAGCACAAGUGCUGAUAGACAUUUGAUUAUGCAGGAAGUUUCCAAUUUGUGAUGGAGAUGCGUUCCGAUGACCCCUUCUUAACUUGAAAAUAUUGUACCCUAGAGUGCCAAAGAAUGGUGAUCGGCAUGUGGUAAUAUACUGUAAUUUGUUAGUAACAAACAGUACAUAAUUUAGCAAAACAGCAAUUUACAGUACCCUACUGUAUAAACCCAGGCGUCUAGCCAUCACAAUUUGGCCCUUGACAAACUCGUGCAAAUCUUUAUGCUCGCUCAUUUUUCCUUCUUCUAACACGUCAAUUUUAAGGACAAAAUAUACGCUUGCUCCCUAAUAUAUCCCACCCACUAACAGGUGCCAUGAUGGAAAGAUAAUCAGUGUUAUACAAUCAACGGUCAGUAUGUUAUAAGGUCAUAAUGUUAUGCCUGUUCAGUCUGUUGUGCUAAUGAUAAUAAUGACACUAGAUACUAUUCUAUUAAUAUAUAUACUAUAUUUAGUUCUAUAACUGUGGAGUUUUUUACUUUAAAAAGAUGAUAUACACACCCCAGUUCUUGACUACGGCUGUAAACAGAUCAGUACAGCUUUUCAUCUGUUUACAUUUGUACAUCUCAGAUGCUGCCCCAGGAUGACCCCUUGCAUUGACGCAUUUGUGUGUUCUUCCCUCACCAGUGUUUAGGCUACCAGAACCACAGAUGGCUUCGAAAGUGACUCAGAUGCUUGGAAUCCUGGGAUGUCUUGCAUCUGGGGUGUCAGAAUCAUUUAUCAUAUUUGGACCACAGUAUGUUCACUAACUCCCUGCAAUCUGGACAGUUUCCUUGCAUUCCUAAAAGGCUUUUUAUUGUCAUCAACACCACCUGCAAAUUCAUGCCUGCUCUCUAAUCCUGUUUGUUGACAGGCGCAGCAGUAACAUCAGUUUUUUUUAUUCUUAGCAACAAAUAUUUUCUGAUCAUUACAGACACGUAAUCGCAUUUGGCCAGUUGCCGUGGCCACUGAUUUGAUUUUCAAGUUCAUUUCCCUUCGUUGUGCGGCCUCGCUUUUGCUUCGACGAUGACAUUAAUGGUGAAUCACAGAUCUCGCAACCUUAAAAAUAUACCCAAGGAUAGAACGCAACAAUUACAUACAGGGUUAUGUUACACAUCAUGUAAACGGAUUCAUGCAGAUUUACGACAAAGUGGCAACAUCUAUUGUAUUUCUUUACAAAACAAAAUGAAAAUUUUUUUAUACAGAGGUGAACUAUUCCAGUCGAACAUCCAAUCAACCUUGCUCUAGUACUGGUGCUUGAUUGUGAAGUCAAAACUACUCUGAAAAACUAUUUUCCUUUUAAAUACUCAUUAAAAUGAAAAAAAAAAUCCA